AUGGCUGAUAAUAACGACUUCAAAUCGCAUACCGUUGAUGAAGAUAUUGAUGCUAUUUCUACUCAUGCCUCACGACAGAGGAAAGAUAGUGGAUUGUGGUCUAGGCAGCGCUACCCCGGCGCCCUCCUUUUCAAUAUCUUCACAUUCAUUCUCCCUGCACUCUACAACACACUCUCGAAGCUAUGGAUCGCGGGCAUCGACAACAAGAUGGUUGUUACGACGGACACCUACACCUACAUCAGCGUCGUGACCGAAGUAAUCAACGAAGGUCUUCCCCGCGCCUCAUUUGUUAUUAUAGGCGACCGUUCUUCCCGUAGUAUCGCAUCCCGCAUCAGUUUAUCGAAUACACUGAUUAUAGCACAAGCAUGCCUAGGUGGGAUCAUGUCUGUUGUGAUAGCCGCUGCUGCAAAGAGCUUUGCGGGGACGUUUGUCCCUAUUGAGGUGAGGGAGGAAAGCGUGACGUACGUGCGUAUAUCUGCAUUUUCUUCACUGUUUGGGGCCGUGGAGGUGGCGGUUGGUGCGGCUACGAGGGCCUUGGAUAGACCAGAUGUACCGCUCCUUAUAAGCUCCGUGAAGACUGCUCUGAAUAUUAUAUUGGAUGUUCUCUUAAUAUCCAAGUUCCGGGUUGGUCAUCUGGAUGUUGACGUCAACACCCAAGCCAUAAUCCAUCUCUCGUGCGAUGCCGCCGGUGCACUGGCAGGCGUGUUGUUCUUCGCAUAUCUAUCAAACAUUCUGUCCUCGAGUCGCCCGUCGGGGGAAGAGGUAGAGAGUAGGAGACCAAGUAGAGUGGCGCUUUGGACACUAGUGAGACAGGGAAGGUACACGUUUAUUGAAUCUGCUAUUCGGAAUGUAUUGUAUCUUUGGUUGGUCUCUGGAAUUGUUAAGAUGGGGUCUGAUUAUACCACGGCAUGGGGUGUCUUCAACACCAUCCGUUGGGGCCUCAUCAUGGUUCCUGUACAAGCGCUUGAAGCAACAGCUUUAACCUUUGUUGGGCAUGCCUGGGGUUUCUGGCGCUUCCGAGUCGGAAUCGACAAUCGAACGCCUAAAGCGUCCUGGAGGGAUCUCCUUAUGAUCACUCGACCAGCCCUAACAUCCACAGUGAUCGGCCUAGCAGUGGAGAUCCCAAUUUGUAUAACAUUUUCGGUCUGGGGUGCUCGGCCAUUUGCCUACUGGCUCUCUGAGUCGGAUUCCGUGGCAGAUAUCACUGCAUAUAUGUGGAAGACAAUCGACUGGUGCUACAUCUUCUACGCCAUCUCUACCCAACUAGCCGCAAUCCUCGUUGCUACAAGACCCAGAUGGUAUCUCGCCCAGUCCCUCUGCUCAAAUAUAUUUUGGGUCCUGCCAUGGGCAAUUGCAGUGACUAGGAUAAAGAAUUUCAACAAGGACACGGCAUGGAAGUGGCAUAGUAUUGUCUUUGGCGGGAGUUUGGUCGUUAGUUUUGUGAUUAUAGUGGUUGUUUUGGCGGCGUGGAGUUAUAGACUUACUAGAGGGUUGAGUAGGUUGUCGAGGCUUUCUUCUACAACAUUUUAUCAUUAG